AUGACUGCUCCCAGCUCAACCUCCCCCUUUCGCAACUUGGAGAGACGUGAAAGUUUUUCCAAAUACAUCCUCGAAACACCCGGCUCUUCCUCCAGUUCUUCCACUUCGUCCUCUUCGUCGUCGUCAUCCUCUUCUUCUUCCUUCUUCUUCAAAGGAAGAGCACAUAUCAUCUUGGAUGUCAGCGAAUUGAAGGAGGGAAGAAAGGACUUGGAUGGUCGUCUUACUGGGAAAAAAGAUAAAGGACGUGGAAAACCACAUGCUCAUCAUCAAAUGCCUGCAUCUUCACCUACGCAUAAAUUGUCCUCAUCGUCAUCUUCUUCUUCCUCUUCGUCUUCUUCGUCUUCUUCUUCCACUUCUUCAUCCUCAAGGGGAAUCACGCAAGAGGAGAAGAGGAGCGAAUUCGACGGUCCGGUCAUUAUAAUAUCAUGUGGCAGAAGCCGCCAAAUGUCUAAAAAUUUAUAUAGAAGCAAAUCAGCUUCUCCUUCCCCGCAGAAACGCCGAUCUUUCAGUGGAAGGGUUUCCAGAGGGCGAGCUCGAACUCCCAAAGCGGGACAUGCUAUGGCCAACUACGGAGUUGAAAUCGAAGACAGAAGCCCACGCAGAUCUUCGUCACGAAGACAAAGUGUCAAGCCCUCUGCAUCUGUAAGGCCUGUAAAAUCCAGAAGAGGCGUCAAAUCGCCGAUCAUCUACGAGUUAGUGCCGAAUAAGGUGGCUAAAAGGUCUUCAAAGCGUCGACCAAGCAAAGGUCCGAAAGACCAGUCGACCUGCUACGUGUUGAUACCGGAGGAGCUUAGGAAAAAAAUGGCAGGUAAACCAAUAGCAUUCGUGGAAUUGCAACCUUCUUCGGAAAAUGGAAGAAGCAAGUCCAGAAAUGGCAAGAAUAAGAAAUCUGCAGCGCCUCAUGUUUAG